AUGGUGCCGCCAAUGUUCUGGGCAAUUCUGCAUGUUCUUGCGUGCGCACACGAGGUGGAGCAGAAGCACGAAGCAUACGAAGAAAGCCAUGCCUCGGUGAUCAAAUCGCAGCUGCUGCGCUGGGCUGCCACCUGGGAGGAGUCUGCUGAAGCCCGCGAUGUGGUGCUUCAACAUAUCCGGGAACAGAUGGCCGCUGUCAGUUUCGAUGUCGCAAGCACCUACGCCAGCUGGGCUGCAGAGCUUCCCAACUCAGCUGGAAACUAUGCAGUAGCUGCUGCAGUGUCUGAGUCAGUCGCAUUUCUACCGGACUGCAUUGCGGAGCUCAAAACAAAGAGCGAGCUACAGACCCGAUGCCCCCAGAAGAUGCUGAAGAUUGCCAUCCAGAAGCUCUUCAGCAUGGACGAUGCGGAGGGCGCUACACGAGUCUGGAUGCUCGCCCGAAGGCUGUAUCGUGGGUCAACUCGCAUGUUUCCUGAGAUGCUUCCGGAGGAAGAGGCCGCAAUUCCUUGGCCCUCUGCCGUGCAAUCAUCAACAGUUUGGGUUCGAGGAUUGCGUGAAAAGCCUUUCUGGGACUGCUACCAGGCGUGGCCAUUUGUCCGCACAUUGGAGGCCCAUGCUGCCCGCAUUCUCAGCGAAGCCACAGACGUGGCACCAAAGUUGACACGAGCAUACCCAUACCUCUUCACGCAAGGUUCCUGGCAAAACCUGUUUCUUUUCAGAGGCCGCACUUGGAAUGCAGACAUUUGCCACAUCAUGCCUCGCACUUGCCAGCUUCUGAUGCCCGAAAUCCCCACAAAACCUGGUUUGCCUACAGUCGUCCCCAAUAAUGAAGAGAUUGUGCUCUUCCGGUCGAUGGACGGUGCCUAUGUGGGGCCCCACAGCGGCGCAGUGAAUAAUCAAAUCAAUAUCCACCUGACCUUGAAGGGAUCACGUGGAGCUUUCUUGAACGUGGCGGGGGAUCGUCACGAGCUGAAGCCAGGAAAGGCGAUGUGCUUUCAAGACAGCUAUCUGCACAGCCUGGAGCACAAAUGCGACAAGAACUCGGACGACUGCAACGAGCGGCUCUCACUCGUGGUGCGCGUGCUCCAUCCAGACUUUGACGCCCACAGCGUCCAUGGGUAUGCGGCCACGGAGGCGGAGGGGGCAUUGGAGGCCUUCAGCGAGAGCGCCGCCCUAAGGGCGGAGCUCUCCCGGCUGCGUGAGCAGUACCGCAAGCUAUCGGACAGGCCGGAAGAGCCAGGAGAGGAGUCCUGCAAAGCCCCCCUGCCAACAGAUGCUGAUUUGCAGAAUGCCCAUGAGGUCUUUGCUUUCUUGAGCCAGGAAUUCCAUGGUUGGGCGCCUUCUGAGGAGCCCAUCGACGCGAUAGUUGUACUUUCCAACUGGUACGACCGCAUGUCCAAGGUUCGAAAAGUACUGGAGAUAGCUGCCAGCGCGCGCAACGUGCCGAUUGUGGUGGUGGGGGGCCGUGGCCGACUGAGCUCGAUCCGUGCUGCCGAGCUGGAUGGGGAAGCCCAUGCUACCUUGGCAAGGCUGCUUGUAUUGUUAGAGGUGCCAGGCGAGCUGGGUACUUUAGGAACAAACAGAGUGGUCGCGAUCAGCUGCAAUGAGUGCCCCACGCCAGAGCUUCGAGCCAAGUGCGGCUGUGUCGGCAACACUGGCUUCAACGCAGACCGGUUCUUGGAGUGGGCUGCUACAUUCUUGCCACCACUGCCACACAGACCUCGGCGAGUCGUCAUCGUGGAGGAGUCAUAUCUCGUGCGCCGGGUGACAGCCACUGUUUUGGGGCGUCUUUCUGGUAUGACCUCGCCAAGACAUGUACACAACCAUUCGACAAUGCAGGUCAGUAUCGUGAAUGCAAGGGAAGUAAGUGAUGCCCUGGAUCAGCUUCUCCAGGUGCAUGAACCAAUGCCCAGCGCCAUGAUGCAGUUGAUGGCAGACGAGGUUGCGAGAUUGGAAAACUAUUCGAGUCAAACUGCUGGUUCGCCACAGCUGUUCUCGGAAGUCAUGUUCCUCGGAGACGUCCAGGCAGUGACAUCCGAAACUCAGGCAACCAUCGCAGAAGGGCCCUAUGCGGCAUUUCGGCGUGUGCGGCGGUUGGGAAAGGAGCUUUCUGCAAGAUAUGCCGCACCCAUGGAGAAAGUCGCCCGGGACAGGCGGCUUUUCUGGAAAUGUGUGGCUCCAAGGGACUCGGAGGGCGUGGCUACUUGGACGGUGCCUGAAGCACCGGGUGAGGCAUGGAGAUUCUGGCGAAAACCCAACGAUGGCGAGUCCUGA